UGAAGGGUCUGGGUCGUUUGCAGUCCUGCCUGGAUUGGGCUGUUGUAGUUUCCAUUGACCUUACUCACAGGGCAUGGUAAUACUAAGAGACACCUUAAUGGAUCUCCUGUAUUCCACGCAUGCUCUUCCUUACCUCCAUUGUGGAGUAGUAGACUGAUUUCAUCUUGACAGUCUGGGUCAGUCACCCCAACCAACACUGUAAUUCCCUUACUAGCCUGUUGACUUAAAGUAAGAAGAGCCCAAAGUAUCCAAGUGGCAAUCCUAACUUCCAGUUUAAUGGAAUCGUUGUUGUGUCUCCCGGUGGCAGCGUUCCUCCCUCUGGAACUAAGACCUCUAGGCCAGCAGAAAAUAAUGUCGUGGGAAGAACUGCUGUUUUGGAAACAUGUACAUGCAAGGGUCUGUAGUAGGCAUUGCAGUCCUGGAAUGUAGAGAGUGAUUUCCCAGAAGACCUGUCUCAGAAAGUUUACAGCCCAGAAGAGAACUUCAUAUAAUGUAGGUGUCUCCAUUCAUGAAGCACUCAUAAUUUGGAGGUAGCCAAUAAGAGGUUUCUGCAUGUAAAAUGUCACAUUGGGUCUAUGACUCCUUUAAGAGUAUUAAACCGAAGCUUUGAGGCUUGCUACAAGUUUGGGGGCACAGUUUGCCGUCCACGACAAUUAGUACAUCUGUCUUUUCCCUGCUUCGGGGCUGGUGUCCAAGAUGAAAUGGGAAAGUGUAUCAUCUUAAAUGUGUGUGUGCUGCCUCCCUCUGCAUCCAUCUCUUGCUUCGCCAGCCUUGCCACCUCCUUUCCUCCAGCCCUGCCUCCCUCCCUGCAUCCUUGCCCAGCCCCGUCCUCCCCCCAGGUUCUUCCUAUCUCCUUGGCCACACUGCCUUCCUCCCUAACAACCUGCCUCUCCCCUUGCCCACCAUCGAAGCCACAUCCCUCUGUCAGCACUCCUCUAGCCCCAUCCCUUGAAGCCUGCCCCCUCCCUCCCUUCCUUCCGACCCGCCUCCUGUGUCUCCCAGCCCUGCUCUGACGUGGGAGGUGAGGGGGGGUGGGGGGAUGGAUGACUCACAGUGUUAUGAUGCAGUUCCACAACACACAGCCACAUUCACCCACAGACCGAGGUACAGAACGAGAGACAACCUCUGCCCCCCCAGCAGCUGGCCAGCUUUGCAGCCCAGUCUUGAGCCCCCAACUACCCUCCCCCCACCUGUCCCCAUCCCCUUCCCAAUUGAAGGAGCGGAAAGAGAAGAGAGAAGAGUGAGCAGAGAGAUUGAGAGAUUGAGAGAGAGAGAGAUAGACGGAGAUCUCUGGAGCAGACCUCAAGGCUCUGAUCCCGAGACGCGGUGCCUACCGAUGCCGGUGCGACGAAGAGCCUCACGAAGAACUGAAAAGCAAGGAGAGGCCACUGGCAGAUGACGUUGCUCCCAUGGCAGCGUUUGUGCCCAUGGGCUGCUCUCUGUGGAAAAUGGUGGAGGCUGCUUCUGCCCCUGGAGGGAGAAACACUGAAUCCCUGGCUUUGGCGCCAGAAGGCUGAACCAGCUGCCAGGUGACUUCUAUUUCUAUCUGGUUCUCGUCUGGGGGGGCCCUGGCCGGGCAGCCCCCCAACAUUUCUCCUGCCCUGAAACACGGCUCUAGCCAACCUGCUCCGCUGCUUCACCUGCGACCGUCUCUGUGGGGGCUGCACAGCGCCAGCCCCUCCAGCCCGCCAGGGCAUUGUCCUCCAGCCCGUCAUGCCCAGCUGUGACCCUGGUCCGGGCCCUGCCUGCCUCCCCACCAAGACUUUCCGCAGCUACCUGCCCCGCUGUCACCGAACUUACAGCUGCGUCCACUGCCGUGCACACCUGGCCAAACACGAUGAGCUUAUUUCCAAGUCCUUCCAAGGGAGCCAUGGCCGAGCCUACCUGUUUAACUCCGUGGUCAACGUGGGUUGUGGGCCGGCUGAACAGCGCCUCUUGCUCACGGGGCUCCACUCGGUAGCUGACAUUUUCUGUGAGAGCUGCAAAACCACACUGGGCUGGAAAUAUGAACAAGCUUUUGAGACGAGCCAGAAGUACAAGGAAGGGAAAUACAUCAUUGAAAUGUCACACAUGGUGAAGGACAACGGCUGGGACUGAGGGGCUCAGGCAGGGUGUGCCCUUCCUCCGCAUGCCCCUCCCUCCCCAUGGCCUUGCCAAGCAGUCCAUACCAGCAUGAGUACUGCCCACCCCUGGGGGAAACCUGGCUCCAACCAACCCCUCCCCUGCCUCCACCAUAUCCACUACCAGGCACCCUUUGGAACAGGGGUCUGGGGGUAUCCCAGGGGUGUUAAGGCUCAGGAGUGGGCAGCAGUCAGGGAGAGACAAAACUGGGGGAAGGGGAUAGUUGUGGGUCCUUCUGUUCCCAAGAUCCUGAAAAUGGAGGCAAAGGCAGGGUGUAGAUUCAAGCAGAGAGGAUUGUGGGAGGAAUCCGUUUUUGCCCCACCUCUUUUUGCGUGAGCAGAGGACAGCCUUGGGUCAUAGGGCUAGUAGUAGAUAGUGGGCCACAGAAUAGCAGAGGAGAAAAGGCUUGGGUUGGAGUGAAAUUUUGGUCUCUGACGCCAGGAGAGACCAGAGUCUCUAAGAACGAAGUUUCCCACCCCUAUUUAUAGGGGAAAGGGCUCAGGGAUGCAGGGAAAACUCAAAUCUCAGGCCCUGGGAAAUAGUACAAGGAUCAAAGGGGUUUCCAUUUCACUCCGCUUGUUAGUCUAUCUUGGCACUGAAGAGGCACUUUCGAGUAUCUAACUUUUGCCAUUGGGUGGGGUGAGGACAGCGGCACCCGGAAUAGCCCCCCACCCACAGUCAGCUGCUUCCAGAGCAAGCAGUCUUUAUGGGCUUUCUGAGGCCCAGUCACUGCUCCUGGGACCCAGUCCCCUGGAGGGGAGGUGGAAAAUCAGUGCUACGGGGCAAGUCUUUCCCGUGGCUGCCACCAGCGAAUGAAACUUUUGUAUGAUACAUAAAGUGCUUGGGUCUAUUUUUAAUAAAAAGGGAAAAAGCAACUGGA